CGCAUUUGUAUUAGUCUCGCGCGGCGAUUACCGGGGUACGCGCGAUAUUAUUUACGUUUAACAGCCGUUAGGAAGUAUGCUGUAUGGUAAAAUAGUAGUUAUCAAGCGGACAGGGGCAGAUGGGGCACAAUUUCCCUUGACAACAUCAGUAUGUUUGUUUGGAAGAUCCAACGAGUGUGACAUACGCAUCCAGCUCCCAAAUGUAUCCAGAGAGCAUUGCAAGGUCACUGUAGAUGAAAAGGGAAAGGUGUUCCUGAACAAUCUCAGCACAGUAAACCCAAUAAAAGUGAAUGACAAAGUUGUUCAUGGUGACAUUGAGUUGAAGAAUAGUGAUGUUUUUACUAUAAUUGAUAGGUCUUUUCGCUUUGAGUUACCAGAAGAAUCUUCAGUCACUCCCAAGAAAAUGAGUUCUCCAACUAAAGUCUCAACCCCAAAGGCAAAGUCCUCUUCACCUAUCAAGUCUGUGAAUACAAGAAAACCUUUAUCCCCAUCAAACAGAGAACUAGAUCUCCAACCUGCUGUAGCACCCAAAUCUCCGAGUAAAGAUUCCAAAAAAUCUGGUGUGUCAAAAGCGAGGACACCAUCUGGAGCCGUAGCAAAUGUGCCUUCUACACCAAAAGGAUCUGGUGAUGAUUGUCUGCACAAGAUUCUCACUCCAAAGACUAAACCACCGCGUACACCUUCAUUAAAAACACCUCAACCUACUCAGGAAGCAAGAGGAAGAAGCACAACACCAGCAAAAUCCCGAGUACAGUCACCAUCUCCUGCUGCAAGAUCAGCUAAGGAACAUACUUCUAGGUCGACUACACCAAAAGCAGUUGAAAAAACACCCAAAAUGGCAACACCUUCUGGAACCCCUACCAGUGACCCAAAGUCAAAAACUGUGGAAAAGACUCCAAAGAGUAGCACUAACAAGACUGUAUCAACACCAAGGGCAGCAACUCCUAAAUCAACAUCUAGAGCUGCUAGUCCUAAAGUUGCCACCCCGAAGGCAACACCAAAAGCUGUUAGUCCUAAGCCUGCUACCCCGAAGGCAACACCCAGGACUGCCAGUCCUAAUGCUGCUACUCCAAAGGCAACACCGAAAGCUGUCACCCCGAAGGCAACACCCAGGACUGCCAGUCCUAAUGCUGCUACUCCAAAGGCAACACCGAAAGCUGUCACCCCGAAGGCAACACCCAGGACUGCCAGUCCUAAAGCUGCUAUCCCGAAGGCAACACCUAAAGCUGUCACCCCAAAGGCAACACCCAGGACUGCAAGCCCAAAGGCCGUUACCCCAAAGGCAACACCCAGGGCUGCAAGUCCCAAGGCCGUUUCCCCGAAGGCAACACCCAAGGCCGUUACCCCGAAGGCAACACCCAGGGCUGCAAGUCCCAAGGCCGUCGCCCCGAAGGCAACACCAAGAGCUGCAAGUCCCAAGGCUGCCACUCCAAAGGCAACACCCAGGGCUGCAAGUCCCAAGUCUGCCACUCCAAAGGCAACACCCAGGGAUGCCAGCCCCAAGGCUGCCACUCCAAAGGCAACACCAAGGGCUGCAAGUCCCAAGGCCGUCACACCGAAGGCAACACCAAGGGCUGCAAGUCCCAAGGCCAUCACACCGAAGGCAACACCCAAGGCUGCCACUCUGAAGGCAACACCCACUGCAGAUCCUAUGGAUUCAAAAAAGACACCUUCAAUGGAAGGAAGACGAAAGUCAAUGCCGACAGGAAGUCCAUAUGUGCCAAAAGCUCAAUCACUGAAGAAAAAUUUAUCGGAGUUGCGGCGUCGAUCAAAACCUGUAUUGGAAUCAACUAGUCCAAAGCAUGCAGGAUCACCGAAGACACCUGAGAACAGGAAGAGAAAGUCAACUGAAUCUAUUGCACCGAGUUCUAAAAGGAAAAGAGUAUCAUUUGGUCCCCAAUUGAGUCCGGAACAUUUUGACAAGCAGUUACCACCCAUCACUCCUAUAAGAAAAGGAGCAACUCCAAGAAGACGAUCUGAACCCCUAAAAAGAACAUCUCCUCAGUCUCUGUUAAAACGAAGAUCAGUAGCACCAAAGACUACUCCUAUCAAGAAAGAAAGUCCUUCAAAAUCUCCCAAGGCAGCAACCCCAGCUAGGGCAAAGUCUCCUGUAGUGUCGCCGAAAUCUGCUACACCCAAGGCAGCAACCCCAGCUAGGGCAAAGUCUCCUGUAGUGUCGCCGAAAUCUGCUACACCCAAGGCAGCAACCCCAGCUAGGUCAAAGUCUCCUGUAGUGUCGCCGAAACCUGCUACACCCAAGGCAGCAACCCCAGCUAGGGCAAAGUCUCCUGUAGUGUCGCCGAAAUCUACACCCAAGGCAGCAACCCCAGCUAGGGCAAAGUCUCCUGUAGUGUCGCCGAAAUCUACACCCAAGGCAGCAACCCCAGCUAGGUCAAAGUCUCCUGCAGUGUCGCCGAAACCUGCUACACCCAAGGCAGCAACCCCAGCUAGGGCAAAGUCUCCUGUAGUGUCGCCGAAACCUGCUACACCCAAGGCAGCAACCCCAGCUAGGGCAAAGUCUCCUGUAGUGUCGCCGAAAUCUGCUACACCCAAGGCAGCAACCCCAGCUAGGGCAAAGUCUCCUGUAGUGUCGCCGAAACCUGCUACACCCAAGGCAGCAACCCCAGCUAGGUCAAAGUCUCCUGUAGUGAAGCCGAAAUCUGCUACACCCAAGGCAGCAACCCCAGCUAGGGCAAAGUCUCCUGCAGUGUCGCCGAAACCUGCUACAACCAAGGCAGCAACCCCAGCUAGGGCAAAGUCUCCUGUAGUGUCGCCGAAACCUGCUACACCCAAGGCAGCAACCCCAGCUAGGGCAAAGUCUCCUGCAGUGUCGCCGAAACCUGCUACACCCAAGGCAGCAACCCCAGCUAGGGCAAAGUCUCCUGCAGUGUCGCCGAAACCUGCUACACCCAAGGCAGCAACCCCAGCUAGGGCAAAGUCUCCUGCAGUGUCGCCGAAACCUGCUACACCCAAGGCAGCAACCCCAGCUAGGGCAAAGUCUCCUGUAGUGUUGCCGAAAUCUGCUUCACCCAAGUCUCCAACACCUAAGACAGCUACACCAGCAAAGGGCAAUUCAUCCAAAGCCUCUAAACGGAAAUCGGAGGGAAAAGGAAUCGGUAAUGCCUCUUUCACAGGAAUAAAGCGUCUGUUGAAGACCCCAAAAGCGAAAGCCAAUGUAUCUGUAGAUGUCAGUUUCACAGGCCUUCAGGAAAUGAUGAAGACACCCACUGUGAUAACUAGUACCCCAAAACAGUCCAGUAACAAGAAAAGACGUGCAAGCACUGGUGCUGUAGGACUAUCUAUAAAGAAGCAGCUCGUAACUCCAUCAAAGUCGGCAAAGAAACAGAAAUUAGACGUGAGUUUUGAUGAAUUAAAAGCUAUAAUGCCUAGUCCAGUGAAAUCAGUUGAUACUACUUCAACACCAAUCAAGUCCAGCACUCCCAAACCUGUUAAGAACUCUCCAAAAGCCGGAACUCCUAAAUCUGCUAAGAAAACUCCAAAAUCUGUGAAAAAGACACCUGAGCAAAGUACACCUAAAUCUUCUAAGAAAACACCCAAAUCAGUCAAGAAGACACCCAAGGCAACACCUAAAUCAGGAAAGACACCAAAAUCUGUAUUGAAGAAAUCUGUUAAGAAAACUUAUCCUCCACAUGCUCUCAAAAAUGCUGUAGCCUUAAGAGCAAUCCAUGGCAAGGAUGCUGUGCCAAGUCUGGGAGGAAGUUGGUCUGACAUACUCAAGAAAGGAAUCAUGCAGAAAGGAGUGGCCAGGAAAAUGUCUCCAGUACGUCCCAAACCUGUACAUGUGAAGAAAGCCCCUGCUAAAGCUACAAAGGUUCCCCCUAAGACUCCAAGAACUGCAGCUGCAAGGAAAGCUCCAACGACAGGACAUGUCAACUCCCCAGUUACAUUGGUUAUCCACAAAAAGUCAUCAAAAACACCAAAAGUUCUGCCUAAAAAGGGUCGUAAGAGUGUAGGAAGAAAAGUUGCCAAGAAAAUUGCAGAGGAUUUGAAUACAACACUGACUGGUCUGACAGAUUUGUUUGACUCUCCAAAAAGGACACCAAAACAGUCGCCUAAAAUACCUGCCUCUGCUGGUACACCUCACUCCCUAUACUCAGACAUUCCAGAUACUCCAAAUGGUCCAGGAGAAAUGAUUGUAUCCCCCAUUUCAACAGGCAAGAAACGCAAGUCUGCUGCUUCCCCUAACCUUGUUGGUGUUAAGAACCUUUUCAACAAGAAGAAAUCUCCCAAGGCAGCAAGUCCAACCGGCAUAAAAAGAUUGAUAGCAACUCCUAAACAAAAGUCAUUGGCUGCCAGUCCAACAGGCAUUGCAGAUUUGUUUAAGACACCAAAGGCAACACCAAAAACCGCUCCAGCAAAGGCAACACCGAAAACCACACCAGCUAAGGAAAUGCCUAAGACAACACCAGCUAAGCCAUCACCCAAGACAACACCAGCUAAGACAAUGCCUAAAAUUGUUUUGUCAAACAGAAAAAAUCUUAAGGCUGUAAAGUCCACUAAGAAAUCUCCAGCUGCAAUGAAAGUGUCACCACCCAGAAGGGGAAGGAAGAGGCCAGCAACAGAUGUUAUAUCACCAGCUGUGCCAAGUAAAUUGGUAAAGACCAGUGAAGCUAAAGCAAAACCCAAGUCCAGCAAAACCCAGUCCAGCAAAACCAUUGCCAAGAUUGAAGGGUGUGAACAAGUCUCCAGCAAAAUCUCCAGCUAAAGGAAGAUCAACAAGAGGGAAGAAAGAUGUAGCUAAGAAAUCUCCCAUCAAAGAGGCAACAAAGAAUACAGUGCCAGAACCUGCCCCAGUUGAUUCUCCCAAGGUAGAAGCACAGAGAAGCAGAAGAGGAGGACCUGCAAAGAAAAAGCUCCCUACUCCUAAAAAGGAUUCACCUGUGAAAAAAGGGAAGAGGGCAGCUGCUGUUCCUAUGAAAACCAAACCUGUAGAAGAGGCUAAGCCUUCACCUGCAAAGAAACCUUCUCCAGUGAAGAAGACAAAA